GAAACAAAAAAAAAAAAGGAACCGAGCUGCCGACAACAAUUUUCUUGAGGAAAUCGGUAAAAGCUUGGUAUUUUUCCCUUCUUUUCUUGUUCUAGAACACAUAUAGAACCGAGAAAUCUUUCCCCUCUGCAGAAAAAUCCCGGAUCUGCUCUGCUUCUUCCUCCUUGUUCGUCGGUUUCUACUAUGUGGGUGUGAAUUUUUGGGCUUUUUCUGAUUUCCUGAUUUUUCUCCUUCAUUCCCGCCGGCCUUCCCCUAGCUUGCAGCUUCGGUUUUGUUGGGAAAAUUCUCGUAUGUUGAUAGCUCCUCCAAGCCCGAAAUUUCAUCAAUUAGUUGCUGAAUUUUGUCCAUUUAUUUGCUGCCCUGUGUUGUCCGAAAAUUCUGUUGAAAUAGGGAUAAAUUUCGGCAGCCUUUGAACAUGUUUUAAGUUUAAUUCAUGUAGAAAAUUUGCUUAUUUUGGCUGUUGUGAUUUUUGGAGAAAAAUCCCGUGAAAUUAGCUAUGGUUUUGCCAAUUUUUGGAAGAUACAGUUACUGUUCAUUGCGUGAUUACUGUUCACCCACUAAUGGCCAACAAUAAGAGGGUUUAAAUGUGUAGUUAUAUUGAGAAUAAAAUUGAGAUGUUUGGUCAUAUGGUUGAAUUUUGUGUGAAGCUCAUUGACCCGAUUCUGCUCUUCUUCCCGCUGCAGCCCGAGAGAAAAAAAAAGAAAGGGAACCCAGCCAUGCCUUGGAAAACCGAUGAGAAAGCUUGAUUUUUCCCUUCUUUUCUUGUCCAAGAACCCGAUUUGGAACCCAGAAAUCUUUCCCCCUGCUGGAGAAUCCGGAUCUGCUCUGUCCUUCCUCUCUUGUCCGCCGACUGCUCCUGCUUUAUGGGGGCGAAUUGCUUUGAAUUUUCGUUCCCGUGAGCUUCCCCUGCACUUGCCGUCGGCUUCUCUCCCCCUACAGCUCCGGUUUCUACAGCUGGAGAAUUAUGGACUAAACCCGUUUUACAUGAGCAUGACUGAUUUGAAGUGAAAUGUUUUAUGCUUUUCAUUAAAUUGAGCAUGCCUACUUGAAAUUUAAGUGACCGUCCUGAUGAUCUGAAAGUGAUUGUGAAUUGUGAUUUUCCUGUUAAAUUCAGCCUGUUUUGUCUCCGAUAUGGUCAUGUUAUUCUGUUGCCCGCUAGUGGGAGUUAUAAACGCUAGCACAUGUCGACAUGUUACUGAUAGAACUGGUUCGUUUCUGUUAUCCUGCUAGUGGGAUUAAACACUAGCAAUUUCUGUUGCCCGCCAGUGGGAGGUUUAUAACACUGGCCGUGACCUAUAGAGGAGACGUCUAUUUCGUUCCCGUACUUGUAUCCGUUUUCUGAUUACACUUGUUGGCAUGCUAUACGUUUAAUUAAGGGCACUCCAUAUUUGCUUACUGAGUUUAUCUCAUAGUUUUCCUUGUCCACCAUUUCAGGAAGUGAAACCGAGGACGGGGAAACCACGGGAAGUGACGAGUUAGAAAGCUAGCCAUUUCGAGAUUGAUAUAGAUUUUUAGAAAUAAAUCAUGAUCUUGUAAACUAGAGUGUAUUGGAGAUUUUAUGAUAUCAGAGAAAAUUUUAUAAUUUGAUCUUCAGAUUUUGGUGGAUUUGUUUUGGACUUGGCUAGCCAGUGGAUUAUAGAAUCGUGGUGAGAUAAGUGAUAGGGUUAUAUAAGGGACGAUUCUGAUUCAUGUUGCCUGAAUUUUCUCAUCCAUUUCGAUGAGAUGGUGAUCUGAUUGUUCUUGUUUCUUGCCUUCAUACUCUAUGUGAAGUUGUGAAAGUAAUCUUGCCCGUUAUGUCCUGAAGACCUUGUUUUGAAACUUGGUCAUUUUCUGAUAGUCCGCACUUGUUUAGGCUUGUUACGUGAAUAGAAUUUUUGUGUGCUC